CUGUGGGAACGGGAGCCGGGGGAGGGGGCAAAUUCCACCUGGGAUUUGCGGCUCCUCCAGCCCAAAUCCUGGGCAGAUGUUUCCCGCUGGGCUCUGGCUCCUCUAGGAUGUUGGAGAACCGAGAGGAAGAACUGACCACGGUGCGAGUGCAGGACCCCCGAGUGCAGAACGAAGGCUCCUGGAAUUCCUAUGUGGAUUACAAGAUCUUCCUCCACACCAACAGCAAGGCCUUCACUGCCAAGACCUCAUGUGUGCGGCGCCGCUACCGUGAGUUCGUGUGGCUGAGGAGGCAGCUCCAGAAGAAUGCUGGCCUGGUGCCUGUCCCAGAGCUGCCUGGAAAAUCCACCUUCUUCGUGGGCAGCACGGACGAGUUCAUCGAGAAGCGGAGACAGGGACUGCAGCAGUUCCUGGAGAAGGUGGUGCAGAACGUGGUGCUGCUCUCGGACAGCCGCCUGCACCUCUUCCUGCAGAGCCAGCUCUCCGUGCCUGCCAUCGAGGCCUGCGUGCAGGGCCAGGGCCCCCAGACAGUGACAGAGGCCAUCCUGCACUAUGCCAUGUCCAACUGUGGCUGGGUGCAGGAGGAGGAGGGUCGGCCCUCAGCGCUGCCCGGGCGGGACCCGAGAGCCAGGUAAUAUGCUGGAAUGGGGAGCCCCCGGGGCUGCCUGGAGAGCAUCCCGGACUGGAGCGACUUCGGCGUGGACGACGCGCACUCGGAGAGCCCGGAGGAGCCCCCGGGCUCGGGGCAGGACCCGCAGUGACAGCCCUGGGGACACCCCCUGCCUCCCCAGGACCUGCUCCCUCGCUGGGAGAGGGGGCACUGUGGCAGCAGGGGGGUGACUGGGCUGCCCUGGGCACACGGCUCAUCCCGGGCUCUCUCCCUGCUGAUCCCGCCUGUCCCGGGCAGGGUUUGAAUCCCCCAGAAGGGAUCUGGUGGGGGGUGGAACCCGUGUUUGUUGUUCCCACGGCCUUUGCCCUCUGGCUGGAGCAGCAGCAGGGCUCAGUGGGGUGGCAGUGCCACCUCCCUGCUCCUGGCACAUCCCAGGGCAGGGUGGGAUCCGCUGCCCGAUGGGAAAAGGGCUUUCCUUGGUGGAUCCAGGGCCAGCCGCCCUCUCCAGUUUAGCCCCCUGUGCCCCCCCUCCCUCUGC